AUCCUGGCGAAUGUGCAGCAUUUUGCAACUCGUCGGAGCGCUGCAGGGGCUUUGAUCUUGGGCUGCGGAGGAAGUGCCAGGCGGGUUUGGCACAAUGACUUGUCAUACAGGGCUUUAGCAGCGUGGCAGAAGUUGGCUGUUUUCAAGUUGCCUUCCCCCUUCCCCCUCCUCCUUCACUUCUGGGAUAUCUGAGCUGGCUUCUCUUCCCUGGGGGUUCCUUUCCUUCUCCUACUUGCUGCAGAAGGGACCAGUCUACCAUGGCCGGAGACAAACUUCCACCCAAAGUGAUGGAUCCUAAGAAGCUUGCCAGACUCUUGAAGAGCGGGACCGAAGGAAUGUUGGUCAUUGACAGCCGCUCCUUUGUGGAGUACAACUCCUGGCAUGUUCUCAACUCUGUCAACAUCUGCUGUUCCAAGCUGGUCAAAAGAAGGCUUCAGCAAGACAAGGUAUCCAUCACAGAGCUCAUCCAGCCAGCCUCUAGUAUAAAGGUGGAGGCAGAGAAACAUCAAGAUGUUGUGGUCUAUGAUCAGAGCACAAGGGAUGUAAAUGGGCUGGCAACCGACAGUUUCCUAUCCAUUCUUCUGGGCAAGCUGGACAGUUGCUUCCACAGUGUCUCCAUCCUCACAGGGGGCUUUGCCACCUUCUCGUCUUGUUUCCCAGGACUCUGUGAAGGAAAACCAACUGCCAUCCUGCCAAUGAGUAUCUCUCAGCCAUGCUUGCCAGUGGCCAAUGUUGGCCCAACACGCAUCUUGCCUCAUCUCUAUCUAGGUUCCCAGAAAGAUGUCUUAAAUAAGGACCUGAUGACCCAGAAUGGGAUCAGCUAUGUUCUCAACGCCAGCAAUUCAUGUCCCAAGCCAGAUUUCAUCUGUGACAGUCACUUCAUGCGCAUUCCAGUCAAUGACAACUACUGUGAGAAACUGCUUCCUUGGCUGGAUAAAUCGAUUGAGUUCAUCGAUAAGGCCAAGGUUUCUAGCUGCCAGGUGAUUGUGCACUGCUUGGCAGGGAUUUCCCGAUCGGCCACCAUUGCCAUUGCAUACAUCAUGAAGACCAUGGGCAUGUCUUCAGAUGAUGCCUACAGGUUUGUCAAAGACAGACGUCCCUCCAUAUCACCCAAUUUCAACUUCUUAGGUCAACUCCUAGAGUAUGAGAGAAGUUUGAAGCUGCUCAAGGCUUUGAAGGCUCAAGGAGAGAAAGGGGAAGGGGAAUCCCAGCAAGAAUACUUUGAGACUUGUGAAGGUAAUAGACCCCAGACUCUUUCUCUCUCAGAAAAGACUGAGGAGGUAUUAAAAAGCACAAUCUUGGAAACAUCCUGCAUUGACUCUGAGCGAUCACUAGGGAUUUCAAAGGUUGUCUCACCCAUGGCGUUGCAGCAAGGACUCAAUGGGCUGCAUUUAUCUUCUGAUCGCAUCCAAGACACCAACCGACUCAAGCGUUCUUUUUCUCUGGACAUCAAGUCAGCCUACUGUCCUACCCAAAGGCAGGAGAGCCCGGUUCCUACCGAAGUAGGGGAAACUCCCAAGCUUUGUAAGUUGGACAGCCCUUCGGGUCCCAAUGGUACCUGCCAGUUCUCUCCUCUUCCAGACGGUUCUGACUGGCCCAGCGGACCUGACUUCAUUCUAGAGGCCAAAGUACGACAGCGACGGAAGCACAGGCACCAAGCAGGCUCCCCUGCCCAUGGGCUGAGCCUUAAUUUCAGUGGGAUGUGUGCCAUGCACAAAAGCACCAGCAUGGAGGACAAUCUCAAACAGACCCUUCGGCUGAGCCUUCCCAAUGUAGGGCAGCAGCUGGCACAGCCAGCCACCGCCCCCUCCAACGCUGGUACUUGGGGGAUGCACGUGGAGUCCCCAAGCACGCCUACCUCGGAGAACCCCUGGUACUUCGGCACAGACUCGGCAGCGGGCAGCAAAGGCGGCGGGAGUGGAACUCUCUUUGCCAGCGCCACCACCUACUCUUCAUUCAGCUGCAGCACAAUCCAGGCAAGCUGCGAGAUCAGACUGAGGGACAAGCAGCGAGGAGAGCAGCGAGAGGUGCGGCACAGCUGGCACGAGGACACCAUGCCUGAGAAGCAGUUCAAAAGAAGGAGCUGCCAGAUGGAAUUUGAAGAAACCUUAUCGGAGAGCAGAUCUCGGGAAGACCUGGGCAAAAUUAGCAAACAGUCUAGCUUUUCAGGCAGCAUGGAGAUCAUAGAGGUGUCCUGAUGUUCACUGUGUGAGAUUUGAGAGCAGAUGCGGGUGCAUCUGGGGGUGGGUGGUGGGUGGGAGGGGAAUGGAGGUAGGGGCGAGGAAGAAGAUGGGUGACAUAUUUAACAGAGGAGGAGGAGGGCGUGGGUGUGGGUGUAGGAGCAUUUUUAUUCAUGUGCCCAUGUGCAUUUCCAACGGGCAUAUCCUCUAAAACGAAGGCUAAAGCUAAAGGAAUCUGAAGUCAAGAAACAUAAUGGUGCAUGCUUAGUGCCUCCUUUGGUUCCUACCUCCACCACCAUGACAAACCACAAUCACAUUCCCUUUCUUGGGUAGGUGGAGAGUAUAUUAACUCUUUAAAUAUUGGGUUCUUUCCUUUUGCAUGCAAAGGGUGCUUUCUCUUCCCCUUUGGAGGGAACGGGGAGAGCUGAUGCAUGUGUCCUACGAUGGGGUUGAAAGAGAAACUAGGGAGAAAUUGAAGCUUGGGAGGGAGUGAAAGUUGUCUGGGAGAAAAAUGGUUGCUCUUUGGUCCGCAGAUUUGCAACAGGAAGAGUUAAAGGGAAGCAGGUUCUUUUCUUUGAAGAGUGUAUUACUAAUUAUAAUGAGUACAUUCCUAUCUAACUUAUAGGAAGUAAUUGAGAUUUUUGCCUAUCCGUUUCCAUUACAGCAGGGGCAUUUCCUUUCUAUUCCAUCAGGGUUGGACAAUAUAUUGGUGGCUCUUUCCCAAAUUCAGGUGCAGAAACCUGGAAAGGUUUCUUUUCCGGGGCUCCCCUCUUCCUAUACUGAGCAUGGGCCUUUGUGUUUCUCUGGCUAGCAUUCUUUAAAACUGCUAUUCCGCAGUCCUUAUACAUAUAUAAAUAUAUAUUAUAUAUAAUAUAAAAGAGAGAAAAAAAACCACAAAGAAAAAAAGUUUAAAGGUUUUACUACAGUUUUUAUUGAGACAAAUAAUUUUCGACUUUUCUUUCUAAUUUAUUUGAAGCUGUUCAUUCUGGCAAUGAUUUUCAGACAAUGUAGGGGCAGCACUCCAGCUCUGUUUUUAUGUAUAUGGUAUUUAAAAUCUGAAACACGAGUUUCAAAGCAAUAUCUUAGGCCUGUGGCUCCUUCGAUGGCUUGCAUCAGUGGUGGAGGCACCCCCAAAAGAGAUAAAAGAGGUGUGUGUGUGUGUGUUUGUGUGUUUGCAUGUGCACACAUGCGUGAGUGUGUGGGCAUCUGCUUUUUAUUUUUUUAAAAACGUGAGAAAAUCUUUUAACUCAAACUGAGCCAGGAAUUCUUCUUAAUGCUUCUUUAUUUUCCUUGUUCUAUCACACCUUGCAAUCAAAGCCAUAAAACCUUCUCCUUCCUGGGACUGAGCAGGGGGUAAUAAUGAGAGUUGGGGCUGUUAAGAAUAGGCUUGACUGUAAGAAAAAAGGGUACCUUGAAUAGGAAGAGUGGAGCAGGGUGCAUAGGAGCUAUAUAUUCAUUUAAAUAUGUGCCAUCUGUAAAAGGAGCACAUUAGAUCUAAACCCAGGGUUUUUUUGUUCAGUGGGGAGAGCUUUUCAGAAGGCCAGAGUAUUUUUAUUUCCCGUUGAUUUAGGAGAACUGGUGGGCUCUUAAACCCAAGGGAAGGCUACUCUGAAUGGCUCCUCUUGUUCAAACAAUGUUAAACCCAGUAUCUGUGGAGGGCAGGUGGAGCUGGAAGAGAAUUUUGGAGAACUAAGACCAUGAAAAUGUUGAAUAAAUUAUGUUGUGGUACUGGAGUAAAAAUCUCUUACAUAUCCUCAGGCCUAUUUUAGGGAAGCUGCCGGGAGGCAGUGUCUUUUUACUACUGCAAGAUCCGACAUUUUAGCUUCGGUUCCCCAUCCAAAAUCUCUUGCCUCCUCUAAGUAUUCAUUCACCAUCGAUCAGGGAAUUUUUUCAGUGAAUGCAAAUCAGUCAGUGAGCAAAUAGUCCAAAGACAAAGUUCACAUAGCAGGUCAUCAAAGUGAACAGCCUUUCAAAAAAUGAAGUUCUAGAAAAGAUAUAGAAUAUUUUAGAUGUAGUGUGAAGCGCUUGCCAGCCCAUCCCAAACUCAGUUUUCAUCAUCUAUCUUCUCGGCCUCCAGAAUAUUAUUAAGAGCUUCGGUUCGAUAAGAGAUUUUGUCUUGAAUUUAAGACACUAGUAUCGAUGACUGAGAAAAGAAAACUAGUUUUGAAGGUUUCAUCUAAAGUCACUUGGAAGUAAUUUGGAUGAAAGUUUUUCUGCAGGUAACAUUUUUCUUCUUAGGGAGGAAAGGUUUCUCUGCCACCUUUUAAAAGAUGUACCAUAUUUUUCAGACUAUAAGACACUCUGAACUACGUAUAAGACGCACAUAGCUUUUGGGGAGGAAAAAAAAACUACUACUGCCUCCCAGCAGUUUUCCUCCUUGUAGCAAACAGCCUGGUCAGC